AUGGGACGAAACCGUAGAGGUGACCCCACUGGGACACCCAGGAGCUCCCAGGCUGGCCAAUCUUAUGGCCCGAUGGACGGCUUUCUGCAGACGCCGGCAGACACACGCGACGAGGCCGGAGACCCCAAGAUGGCGGCGCACUCAGCCGCGACCGGAGACACCCCUGCCUCUACACUUGAGGGGAUUGGGGACGAACUGCGCACGAUUGCGGCCUCUAUGGCCACGAAGGCAGACUUGUUGGUCCUGACCACUACCAUCCAGGAUGCGCUGAGGGCGGAAAUGGCCGGCAUACGCACAGAGGUGACGGCACAAGGUACCCGAAUACAGGAGCUGGAACACUCCCACGAGGCCCAUACUGCCAGGUUGGUGGCUACCGACACGGCUGUAGCACGACAGGGUGUCCUACUAUUGCAGCUACGGAGAGCGGUCGAAGAUCUUGAUAACCGGGGCCGCAGAUGCAACAUCAGGGUACGGGGCCUGCCCGAAGCAGAAGGCGAGGAAGACGUUGAGGACACCCUAACGGCCCUAUUCCGCAUGAUUUUGCCAGCGGACACCUCCCUGGCACUAAGGUAUGAGAGAGCACAUAGGGCCCUACGCCCCCGAUCACUCGAGGACGGCCCCAGAGACAUAAUCUGUUGCAUCCAUUCAUUUGCGACAAAAGACGCCAUCAUGAAGGCGGCCAGGGCCCAACCCACCUGGGACUAUCAUGGAGCACAAGUCUCGCUGUACAACGAUCUGUCCCCGACCACCCUGGACGCUAGGAGGGCAUUGCGGCCCAUUACGUCUUUGCUGAGGGACCGCAACAUCCCCUACAAAUGGGGCUUCCCGUUUGCCCUAUCAGCAAGACACAGGAAUGGCUGGGUGUCACUCCGCGGCCCGGAGGAGGCCCCCGCCUUUCUGGAAGAACUUGGACUCCCUCCUACACCAAUACCGGAUUGGAUCCUAGGGCCACUGGGGCCCGGCCAGAGGCCGCAACGCGCACCCCGCCGACGUGGGGGAAGAUCACCGCCGAGACCUGCACAACGACGCCGUGAGGCGCAGGAAGGCCGAGAUUGACGACCGUCAUCCUGAUGCCGCUCACCCACCCGCCAGCUAA